CUUUGCCGGAAGCCCAGAGGUUGCCGGGAAGCCUUGCCGGGAUGUGAAUCUCGAGGAGACUCCCGAAAAUACAACCUGCAAGCCAUUUGUAUAUCUUCUAAAGAGGGCUGAAUGACGUACUACGGUCAGUCCUGAGUCUAGAGGAAGAAUCCUAUGAAUAAUAAGCAUUUGGAGAUCCACAAGAUUCCCUGAACCCAUUUGGAGUUGCGUUACAGAACAGAAAAAGAAUGGAGAUACAACUUUUAGCAAGUGAGGGAAUUGGAAAAGGCCCUUUUGCCAUUCAGCUUGGAAGUUGUGGGGAAGGCUGUUCAAGAAUUGGGAAGAAGGUCGUACAGAAGGAAACCAUCCAUUCAGACGUUCAGCUCUGGAACUUCAGGAGCAUCCAAUACCAGAAGGCUGAGGAACCCCGAGGACUUUGCAACCAAAUCCACAACUUCUGUAGGCGAUGGCUGAGACCAGAAAAACACACCAAAGCCCAGAUGCUGGAUCUGGUUGUUCUGGAGCAGCUCCUGGCUAUCCUGCCCCCAGAGAUGGAGAGCUGGGUGCGGGAGUGUGGAGCAGAGACUAGUUCCCAGGCAGUGGCCCUGGCUGAAGGUUUCCUCUUGAGCCAGGCGGAGGAGAAGAAAGAACAGGUCGAGUUGCAGAUCAGAGAUCCUGAGGGAAAGCGGAAUCCAUCAAAUCCUCCUCAGGAGCUGUUUCUCAGGAGGAUCUCUCAGGAAAAGGACUCCUCAGAGAAACAAAAGAUGGGGUUUUCUGGUGUUUAUGAUGGAGCUGAAACAGUGGUUGAACCUCCAAAUCAAGGUGACCGUGUGUCUUUUGAAGAGGUGGCUGUGUAUUUCUCCAAGGAAGAGUGGUCUCAGCUGGAUCCUGACCAAAAAGUACUACAUAAUGAAGUCAUGCUGGAAAAUCAUACAAAUGUGGCCUCUCUGGGCAAUAAUGGGCAGGAGAAUAAAGAUUCUGAGGAGCCAUUCCAAGUGAUCCACCAUGAAGAAAGAAUAAAGAAGCAUAUAGUACAAAUGGAAGAAGAACAUUAUGAGAGAAACCAGUUGAAUAAUUGGAAUCAGGAGAGUUCAUCAACCAUUCAUAGUUCAAUGCAAGAUCUUCUCCAUCAAGGGACAAUAAAGAAAAAAUGCAUUGGGAAAAGUGUAAAGUUAAUCAAAGCUCAAUUGCAUGUAAAUGAACAUUGUCCAAUCCAAAACAAAGGCGAAGAUGCCGUAAGCAGACACAAUGGGACUUUCACUCUUUCUCUUGGAAAUAAGUCCCUUACAUCUCAAAAAGGGAUUGACAGAGCAGAGAAGCCAUAUAAAUGCUUAGAAUGGGGAAAGAAUUUUAGAAAAAACAGGCAACUUACUGUCCAUAAAAGGAUUCACAUAGGGGAGAGACCAUACAAAUGUGUUGACUGUGGAAAACUCUUCUGUCGAAAGUCUUCCCUUACUUACCAUCAAAUGAUCCACACAGGGGAGAAGCCAUUUAAAUGCAUGGAGUGUGGAAAGGCCUUUAUUCGGAACUGUCGUCUUAAUGCCCAUAAAAUGAUCCACACAGGGGAGAAGCCGUUUAAAUGCAUGGAGUGUGGAAAGACAUUUAGUCGGAAUGAUUAUCUUACUGCCCAUCAAAGAAUUCACACAGGAGAGAAGCCAUUUAAAUGCAUAGAGUGUGGAAAGACCUUUAUUCGGAAAAGUAAUCUUAAUGCCCAUCAAAGAAUCCACACAGGGGAGAAGCCAUUUGAAUGCAUGGACUGUGGAAAGACCUUUGCUAAUUGCAGUCAACUAAUUGUGCACAAAAGGAUCCACACAGGGGAGAAGCCAUUUAAAUGCAUGGAGUGUGGAAAGACCUUUGCACAAAGCGCUCAUCUUUAUUCCCAUAAUAAGAUCCACACAGGGGAGAAGCCAUUUAAAUGCAUGGAGUGUGGAAAGACCUUUGCUAGGAGCACUCAGCUUUCUUCCCAUAAAAGGAUCCACACAGGGGAGAAGCCAUUUAAAUGUGUCGAGUGUGGAAAGACCUUUGCUGAUAGCAGUCGACUUACUGUGCACAAAAGGAUCCACACAGGGGAGAAGCCAUUUAAAUGCAUGGAGUGUGGAAAGAUUUUUUCUCAAGUAGCUUAUUUUAUUUCCCAUAAGGAGGGACACACAGCGGAGAAAUCAUAUAGGUGCAUGGAAUGUGGGAAGACCUUUGUACAAAACUCUCAUCUUUAUUCACAUAAUAAGAUCCACACAGGGGAGAAGCCAUUUAAAUGCAUGGAGUGUGGAAAGACCUUUGGUCAGAGCACUCAGCUUUCUUCCCAUAACAAGAUCCACAAAGGGGAGAAGCCAUACAAAUGUAUGGUGCGUGGAAGGACCUUUGGUCAGAGCAGCUAUCUUACCUCUCAUAAAAGGAUCCACGCAGGAGAGAAACCAUUUAAAUGUAUGGAGUGUGGAAAUAUCUUUAUUUCGAAGCGUCAUCUUGCUGUCCAUCAAAGAACCCACACAGGGUAGAAGCCAUUUAAAUGCAUUGUGUGUGGAA